UAUGAGUUGUGUUAAGCUUGUAGCUCAUUUAUGUAUGAAAGUGGAUUUAUUUCAAUUUUAACAGUCAAAGAAUGAGCAACUAUAACAUGAGAUUCAUCAUGGAAUACAUCUUUUAUAUAUUUAUUUUACAAUUAAUAAUUUAUUCAAAGUCUGAACCAUUGACUGUUAAACUUCUUGGAGUUGUAUUUCGUCAUGGUGAUAGAGUACCUGAUUCGGGUAGAGAAUCAUACCCAAAUGAUCCAUACAAAAAUGACAGUUAUUAUCCAUUGAUACAUGGAGAGCUUAAUAAUUCAGGCAAACAACAUGAAUUUAAUUUAGGAAUACAAUUAAGAAAAGAAUAUGAUGAUUUUCUGGGUGAUAUUUAUUAUCAUAGAGAUGUAUUUGCUCGUUCUACCGAUUAUCGACGGACAAAAAUGUCCUUACAGCUUGUAUUAAGCGGAUUAUAUCCACCUAAAAAGACUCAAAUUUGGAAUCCUUAUCUCAAUUGGCAACCUACUAUUACAACAUACGUUCAUGGCGACUACGAUAAUCUUUUAAUUCCCGAAGAAUGCCCACAGUUUCUAAAAGAACUCGAAACAGUACAGAAAUUACCAGAAAUACAACAAAAAUUAAAGGAUUUUGGACCCUUAUUGAAGAAUUUGACAAAUUUAACUGGAAAAUUGAUUAAUACCAGCACCGAUAUGUAUGAUCUUUAUAAUAGCUUAUCGGCUCAAAAAUCCAUGGGAUUAGAACUUCCACGUUGGGCAGAAGAUAUGAUUCCUGAUGGCCCAUUGCUGGAUGGCAUUCUUUUUAAUUAUAAAAUAGUUCAUUAUAAUGAGAAACUUUUAAGAUUGAAUGGAGGUAUGAUACUCAGACAUUUAGUUGAAAAUAUGAAGAAUAUUCAGCAGAAUAAAAAAACACCAAAAGUUCAUUUAUUAAGUGGCCAUGAGACAAAUGUUGUAGCAAUUCUGAAUACUUUGAAAGUUUUUAAACCUCAUGUACCUGAGUAUAGUAGUGCUGUUGUCGUUGAAUUACUUCAGAACAAUACUUCUUACUUUGUAAAGAUACGAUAUUAUAAAGGAAUACCUUCAGAGUCAGAGUUGGAAGAUUUAAAAAUACCUGGAUGCACAAUUUUGUGUCCUUUUGAACAAUUUAUGCCAUUAAUGAAAAAUAUGAUUCCGACUGAUGAUGAAAUGAUUUGUAAAAAGACUGGUUCACUUUACAGAGUAGGAAAACCAGAAUAUUAAAAAAUAAAUAUUUGAGAAAAAAAUAAAUUAUUAUU